GUUGUACACAGGUGUUCGCGCAUGAGCAGUCUGGUGUAAUAAUUCCAAGAUGGCGUCCACCCACAAUGGCCGAGGUUACCUGCGCUCUGGCCGGUCCCCUCCGUUCCUGGUCGUCUCCCUGCUUGUGGUCAUCUGUAUCCUCGCAUACAACUACUGGAACUCCGCCAGUUCUAACAGUGAGCUCAGGAACUCGGUAAACGACUUGGAGGACAGGCUGAGACUGUACAACCUGAAGAAGACGAGCCUGGAGAAGCGGAACGAUGCUCUGAUACAGAGGGUCCGGGAGACGGACAGACAACUGGAGGACAGCAAGGCCAAAUAUUCUACUAAAGACACGGAGCUGGAGGCGUUUAAGGGACAGCUCCUUGAGACACAAGAACAGCUGGAGAGCGUUAGGCAAGAAAAGGGAAACAUUGAGGCAGAGGCUUCUGGGGUCAGGAACGAGCUGGACAGUUUACAAGCUCGGUUCCAGGAGUUACAGGGGCAGCACAAUGCGUUGGCCGAAGAGAUACAACAACAGCAGCAGGACAAUGACAGGAAAGUACAGGAAAAAUUGGAGUAUACCAGCAUGCAGUGCAAGCAGCAGUUGGAAGCUGCUAAUGCGGAAUGUGACGGGAAGUUACGGGAGGUUGCAGACAGGUACAGCCACCUGCAGGCCCUGUACGAAGCACAGAAACAGGCUCCACAGUUAGCUGCAGGACUUGAAGUUCCCAACCAGAACCCACAGGGGGCGCAGCUGCAGCAGGGGGUGGUGCAGAUGAACCAGCAAAACCUGGCAGCUAAUAUCAGGAAUGCUUGGGAAAGCUCAAGUAGGAACAUGUCAGCACCACUCCUCAUCACAGAGCAGGAAGGACACCAAAACUUGUCGGAUACGACGCAGAUGGGCGUUCUUCAAAACUUGUCUGGUAUUCUGGACUCAACACAGAUGGAAUGGCGUGGAAACAUUUCAGCCGCACAGGAACAGCCAAUCAUCAGUGGCCUGACAUGGUCGCUGGAAGCCAGGAACCAGAGUGAAUUGCACGAUGUGCAAAAUGUAACAGGACAGAUGGAGAAGCAUCAGGCUGUCCAUGGGGUGGAGCAGCAGCUGGCAGAUCAACAGGAGCAGCAAGGGGGCGCUGCUAAUGCAGCAGAACUGCAGGGCCAGGAGGGAGUGGUGAACAUCCAGCCUCCCGGGGAUGGUGACCAGGGGCAUGAAGGUGUGCAGGGUAGGGGUGAAGCUGCUGAGGCUGGGGAGGAAGGACAGCAGGAAGAGAAUGAGCAGGUGGAUGAUUAUGCUGUAGAUGCAGAUGAUGAUGAAGAUGAUGAUGAUGAUGAUGAGGAAGCUGUAGAUCGUGCUGAGGAUUACGUAUAUGGUGAUGGGGAGGAAGGGGACCAACCACAGGAGGAGGCUAAGGACACCAUGUUCCAGGAGGGGGGUGAUGCCGGGGAGAGGGCAGAGGAGGGGGGUCCUGCAGAGGAACAGGGGGAGCACCUUGAGGGGGGCCAUGCUGCAGAGGAGGGGGUUCUAGGAGAACAUGUAGGAGACGAGCUGGUUCAGGAGGAACAUCUGGAGGGGGGGCAUGCUGGGGAGGACAAUGAAGAGGAGCUACAGGAAGGUGAGCGUGGAGACGGUGACAAUGUAGAGUACAAUGAGGAUGACGAAGGCGCGGAUGAAGACCACAUCGGCAACAACGAGAUUCCUGACGACGAGCAGGCUGCAGAAGAACAGAACCACCAGAUCAUCAAGGAAGAGAACGAGGGCGUGCAGGAAUAUUACCAUGACAACCAGAUCGUCCCGCAGGUGGCGGAUGCUGACAGAGACCUGGACAUGCAGGGGGGUGAUGGUGAUGGUGAUGAGGGUGAUGAAGGUGAGGAGGAAGGUGAUGACAUAGAUGAGGGUGAUGACGAAGAUGACGAUGACAAUGACAAAGAAGAGGAAGAAGAUGAGGAGGAGCCUGAGGACCAGGAGAAGGGAGAUGUACAGAUGCAUGCAGAUGCAGGCAUGCCAGGGGUGGAGGAAGGAGUACAGGUGGCUGCACCCAUGUGAUCCGUCAUUGUGGAAACGUGUUGUCAUGGAAACCAACCCACAGCAACUGUGCGGCAACAGCGUUGGCAAUAAGUUACAACAUAGUUCUGAUAGGGGAGUCGUAGAAUGUAGUAUCUUAUUUGUCUGGGUAGUGCAAACUUUUUGAGGACAGUUCCUUGUUUACUAAGUGAAAUCGUUGAAGUCAUCAACUUGCAGAUACACAAACUUAAACCCUCAAGAGUCAGGGCCAAUCAGUACUGGUGUGGUAGACCUUUACUCCAAUUCACAUGCAAACUUACUUUGAGGGUUAGGGUAACUGAAAAUUCUGCCAUGUCCUUAGGGCAUUUUUUACCAUGAUUUCAAGCUGAGUUCUCCAAUAUGUAUGUGUAAGCAUUAUUUACUUUCAUUAGAUUUACAUUUUUUUCCCAUUUACAUGUAAGUUUGUUGCACACAUUGCUGCUACAGCGGUCAUCCUCGACAGUUUUGGUGAAUUUUGUUGGAGGCUUUGUUGUGAAGUAGACAGGUGCUGAGAUGUUGGUGUUUCAUUUCUGCCAUUAUCAUUCCCAGAUGCCUUAAACCUGCACUACUGAUUUGGUGCACUGAAGCACCCACAGAUGAUCAAGAGUUACCAGUAAACAAACUUAAACUUUUGCACAAGUUGCUGUUUUAGUGCACUGAAUCACUCGGAAUUUGUAACUUUGGGUCUAAGUGGCUGCAAAAUUGCACGUUAAGUGUCUGUCGUUCCAAUCAUGUCAGAAGCAGUGAAAUUGUGUUGAAUACUUCAAGUACUGUCCUUUGAUAUAAUUUUCAUGGAUAUUCCUGAAUGACACGUUGCUUCGUAGUGGUGAAGCAUUGAAGCAUUGAACCCUGAGUCUAUGGGUUCCUUCAUGGUGGUACAUUUGAAAUACUUUUGUAUUGGAAGGUAGCAUUUAUCUGGAGCUGAAAUAGUGAUAUGUGGUGGAGAAACACACUGUAAUGAAAUUACCAUAGAUGGGAAUAGUGAGUGUCAGCAGUGCUACCACCAAAUUACCCCAGUAUUGGUUAAUGCCACUUAUAUGUUAAACUCGUCUAUCUUCAUUUACAUUUUACAGUAAGGUGAAAAUCUCAUGUUAUUUUUUUUCACUGCAGAGCUUAAAGGUCUACAGUUUUUGUUGGUUCAUUUUGCUGUAAAUUUCUUUCACUUUUUCAUGCUGUUGCAGUAUUUCCUGUAAGGUUUGAUAGCUUUUCUUCAGUAAUAUUUGCAUUAUUCAAAGAAAAUAGAAAAAAGACAAAAUUUACAGGCAAAACCAAUGCAUUUCCUUGUUUCCUGGCCUAAUGGCUGUUGAUAUUGCGUGUACACAAAUUACCAGUGCGAUUUAUGCAUCCCCGAAAUUGUACAAAGCUUUUGCUACCAGGUUCACUUAUAAAGCCUUUAAGGACAGGAAACAAAAGACUGGUUUGGUUUGGCCUGACGAGAGGUUUUACAUGGUGAGAAUAUGGGCCAGAAGGUUCAACCCUGUACAUAGUGUAAUGUUGAUAUAAGACUGGUGGUGGGGUCGGUGCUGUACGUCAUGCAGUUGCAAUAUAUGAUUAGUAUUGAUAUGUAUACGCCUUACUAAAGAGUUACCUUUUAUCAUUCUUAUGAAAGGAUAAGGACAUGAUUUCUGCUGUUACUGUUGUUCUACAUUGACUUAUAAUCUACCAUGUGUCAGGAAUUAACAUCUGUGCUGAGCAUUAGCUGUUAGAUUCAUUCGGACUUCUAAAAUUGUGGAAAGCAGAAUUCUGUAGUUAACAGAUUGGACAGCUUGAUUUGUUAUACUUGCUAGAGUGGUGAGAGUCUACUCUCCAAGCAGAGGUUAGGCUCCGGCUGUUUUUUUAGUCGUUUUUAUCAGGCUUUCUAUUUCGUCAUUUUUCUUGAAGUACGCCAGCCAAACUUUUUGACACAGCAAGAUAAAAUACAAAAUAGAAAGCCCGAUAAAAACGACUAAAAAUGUUUAAAAAACAGUUGGAGCCUAACCUCUGCUUGGAGAGCAGUGAGAGUCUUUUCUUAUACCUGUUACCUUCAGCUUUAUAUCAGAUAAAACUUUUACAAUCAAAGAAUCAGUGUCCAGGGUGCCAUCAUGGUUAGUUUACAGGGACUCCCAUACUCACACAGAAUCACACAAAGAACCCAGUAGGUUUUCAUGGAAGAGGAUGGUGUCAUGAUGUCACAAGUUUUACUGUACUGUCAUUGCAAGUACAUGGUUUCUGAGAGAGUGUACAAAGUCAAAUUUACCAACAAUAUCUCAGAUAUAUAAAGUGUGUAAUUAUUACACCUGUAGAACAGAUACAGGUUUACACAUGGGUACAACCAAUUAUGGGUGUUAUUUUGUCUUCAGAACAGAGUUUUCCAGGUUUCUCCUGUAAAAAAGCAGUAAUCAUGUUUUAAACUAUUAGUUUUGCUUCCACAGAGUGAAAUGUAGAAAUUAUAUUAUAUUAUUAUUAGACCUAUAAAAGAGGGAGUAACAUUUGUUAGAUCUUUCAUUAUGAUGCAUAUACAUAUGCACACUGCUAUCUUUAUAUAUAGACGUGUAUAGCGGGGGUUAAGGUAUGUAUUUUCUAUGCAAAGUUGUAUAUACUAUUGUUAACAGUCUGUGUUAGCAGCAUGCCCAUAGGGGACAAGGUUUCACAUGGGCUAAUUCUGGAAUAAAUAAUGUCUCUUUCUUAA